AUGGGCAGCUCAUCCAAGGACGAUUCCGGCAGCGACGGCGAGGCUUCCAGCGGCGACACUCCGCCUCCUGACUCCGCCCGCUUCACCGAAGGCGAGCGCGUCCUCGCCUACCAUGGUCCUCGAAUCUAUGAAGCCAAGGUUCAAAAGGCGGAGCAACGGAAGAAGGAUUGGAAAUACUUCGUCCACUACCUUGGAUGGAAUAAAAAUUGGGAUGAGUGGGUAGGCGCCGAUCGGUUACUGAAACAUACGGAAGAAAAUGUAUCGAAGCAACAGGCUCUUCACAAAAAGCAGAACUUAGACAAGAAUUCAAAGUUGGGACGCUCUCAAACGAAGCCCAAAAAUUCUGCUGAUACCAAGACGGAUAAGGAAGAUACAAAAGGCAAUGCAACAAAAGGCAAGAAGCGCAAAGCUGACUCAAAUGCAGAGAAGGACAAUAUCUCCAUGGAAAAGCAAGUCAAGGUCCAAAUUCCAUCCACACUUAAGAAGCAACUUGUUGAUGACUGGGAGUUUGUCACUCAGCAGGAUAAGCUUGUUAAACUUCCAAGAUCACCAACUGUGGAUGACAUUUUGUCCAAAUACCUCGAGUACAGGUCAAAGAAGGAUGGCGUAAUGACUGAUUCUAUAGGAGAAGUUUUAAAAGGGAUACGAUGUUACUUUGACAAAGCAUUGCCAGUGAUGCUCCUAUACAAAAGGGAGCGCCAACAGUAUCAAGAUGUUAUCAAAGAAGACGUCUCUCCGUCAACAAUAUAUGGUGCUGAACAUUUAUUGCGUCUAUUUGUCAAGCUACCUGAGUUGCUGGCAUAUGUUAAUAUUGAAGUGGAGACACUGACUCGCUUGCAGCAGAAAUUACUAGAUUUCCUCAAGUUUCUUCAGAAGAAUCAGAGCACGUUCUUCCUCUCUGCGUACGACGGGUCAAAAGUUUCGGAAGGCAAAAGCAAAGGCAAAGAUGAAUGA